AUGGAAGGAGAUGUUGAAGCAGCAAUCGGACUCUCGCCAAAACUCGGGAACGAGAUCACAGAUGCAGAUACCCGAAUGACGAAGACACAAUAUAUAAACAAAGGAAAGCCAAUAACGGAAGGACAAGCACGAGGCCCCAAAAUCAACAGCACAAAUGGUAAUGAUAGGAUUGGUGAUUGGUUGAUUGAAGAAGCAAAACUGUUAACCGGAGUACGCUCUCAAGUUGAGGCAAUUCAAGCUGAGCUAAGCUGGAUGAAAUGCUUUCUAAAAGAUGCAGAUGCAAAGCAUAAAGCUGGGGCGACAGAGCGCAACUUUGUUAUAGAGAUUCAAGACAUUGCUUAUGAUGUUGAAGAUGUCAUCGAAACUUUUGUCCUCAGAUUAUCAUCCAGGAGGGGGAGAAGUGGAGAGGAUUUCAUAGGCUUGGAGAGUGAUGUGAAGAAUUUGGUGGAACAUCUGUUGAAUGAAGACGAAGAUAGUUACAACUGGCAUCAAACUGUUUGUAUUUGUGGCAUGGGUGGUUUGGGCAAGACCACUCUUGCUCAAAGAGUGUACAACCACAACAAUGUUAACCGUCACUUCGAUUGUCUUGCUUGGGCUUGUAUAUCUCAGCAACUCCAGAAACAAGAUGUUUUGCAAGGGAUUUUGAUUAAAUUUGUCCCUGAGAAAAAGGAGGAGAUUCGUGGUAUGAGAGAUGAGGAGCUAGUCAGGAUGCUCUUUGAUGUUCAGCAGAAGAAAAAGUGCUUGAUAGUUGUGGACGACAUUUGGACAGUGGAGACCUGGGAUAUUUUGAGAUCUGCAUUUCCAAUUGGAAAGAAGAGCAAUAGCAGAAGCAAAGUAUUACUCACCACCCGUAAUAAAGAAGUGGCUCAAUGUGUGAAUCCAGAGGGACUCUUCCAUGAACCACCAUUUUUGACAGAUGGUGAAGCUGGGAACUGCUUCAAAAGAAAGCAUUUAGAAGAGCAGAUGCUUCAUCAGAUGCCCAAUCGUGAUUUGUAUUCAAAUAAGAUGAUGAUUAUAGGUUUAAUGCAUUGUGGCAAUGUGAAUGGUGCAAAGGAAGUUUUUGAGUGUAUGCAGUUUAGCAAUGUAGUGACUGUAUCUUCGUAA